AUGUUAGAGAACCUCCCACAUAAAUACAUAAAGUAUAUCGGAACCUGCUUUGGGAAGAUGAAGACCAUUGGUAUUGGAAAAUGUAAUGACGAUGUUAUUAAAGAGAUUCUUACGAAUGAACCUGUUUCAAAAGAGUGUUGUCUGAAGGUAGUAAGAGCUGGAAAAGAAUGCCACAUGGAGCUGAAUAAGUUGACGUUUCGAUUGUAUCAACUCAAACGUUUUGCUUCUCAAGUUUCUUUUAAAAUUAAUGAGGUUUGGAACAGAUGCUCUACUGAAGUUGAAAGUCUUUCAUCAUCUGAUAAUGCCGCGAUUCAGUAA